AUGUCGUGGAGGAAGACAGAACGUUUGAUGGAAACCAUCAAGCACUAUGCAAGCUUCCCCGCUACCGGCGUGAGCUUGCGCCAGAUGGUCCAGUUCGGCAAAGAUCCAUCUGUUGGUACCCUCUUUCGAGCCUCCCAGUUCCUCUCUGAGGAGCUUCCUAUCCGCCUUGCCCACAGAGUCCAGGAGCUGGACAACUUACCAGACGGCCUCGGCGAAAUGCCCUCCAUAAGACGUGUCCAAGAUUGGUACGCCCAAUCCUUCGAGGAAAUCACCGAAUUGCCACGGCCACGGCUCGACAGUGAGACUAGAGAGCGACUGAUGAAGCCUGCCAAGCACGCAAAGAACAAAUGGCUCCCUGAAAACACGCCGAACCCCAGCUUAACCGAAGGCGAGUACUCUGGCGGCUGGUCGAACCAACGGCAGAACGGCAACAACAACGGCAAUGGAAAUGGAAACGGAAACGGAAACGGAAACGGCAAUGGGUGGUCAAGGAAGUAUCACUCCGCAAGGAGAUAUUUUGCUGCGGUCGACGACGCUGGUGGUAGCUGGCCGCCGGAGCUGCAUAUGUACAAUCUCAAGUUCGGAGAGUGCCUCAAUAAAAUCAAGAGGCGGCACGACGGUGUCGUGACCACCAUGGCGCAGGGUAUUGUCGAGUACAAGCGAAAGAGGCAACGCCUGCAGAUCGACAACAACAUCCAAGCCUUCCUAGAUCGCUUCUACAUGUCUCGUAUAGGCAUACGUAUGCUAAUCGGUCAACACAUCGCCCUCACAUCACAAAGCCACUAUCGAGAUCCCACAUAUGUCGGCAUCAUAUGCACGAAAACGAACGUCCACGAACUCGCCCAGGAAGCCAUAGAGAACGCCCGGUUCGUCUGCGAAGAUCACUACGGACUCUUCGAAGCCCCCCGCGUCCAGCUUGUCUGCAACCCCCACCUGAAUUUCAUGUACGUGCCAGGCCACCUGUCGCACAUGCUCUUCGAGACCCUCAAGAACUCUCUGCGAGCCGUCGUCGAGACACACGGCCAGGACAAGCAGGAGUUCCCUGUGACCAAGGUCAUAGUCGCCGAAGGCAAGGAGGACAUCACCAUCAAGAUCUCUGACGAGGGUGGUGGCAUUCCUCGUAGCGCCAUCCCGCUUGUGUGGACCUACUCGUACACGACGGUUAAUCAGACGCCGAACCUCGAUCCGGACUUUGAUAAGAGCGAUUUCAAGGCGCCUAUGGCUGGAUUCGGAUAUGGAUUGCCAAUCUCGCGGUUGUAUGCCAGGUACUUUGGCGGCGACUUGAAGCUUAUUAGCAUGGAGGGAUACGGAACCGAUGUCUACCUACAUCUCAACAGACUGUCGAGCUCUUCGGAACCCCUACCUUAA